AGAGUGAGGGAGUAGUACUAUAAAGUCUAUAACAAAAAUGAGAAAUUAACAUACCGUAACCCAAAACCAAGUUAGAACUGAUUUGGAGUUUGGUGGACAAAGCUUGAGACUUUGAGAGAGAUCGGUUAGUGAGUGAUUGGGUAUCGUCGGAGAUGGUGAAGUCUUCAGAAAUCGUUGGAAAGCUAAACCUCAUGUCUCACCCAGAAGGAGGCUUUUUCUCUCAAACUUUAAGAGAUACUUCUGUUCUCCUCACCACCUCUCAGCUCCCUCCGACCUUUAAGGUUGACAGAGCUGUGAGCACAUGUAUCUACUUCAUGCUUCCAUCUGGGAGCGUUUCUCGUCUUCAUCGCAUACCAAUGGCUGAAACCUGGCACUUCUAUUUGGGUGAACCCCUCACUGUAGUGGAACUCCACGAUGAUGGGAAGUUGAAAUUCACAUGUCUUGGUCCUGACUUGAUAGAAGGUGAUCAGAAGCCUCAGUACACGGUCCCUCCAAAUGUCUGGUUUGGUUCGUUUCCUACAAAGGAUGUUAGUUUCUCUCAUGAUGGGACUCUGCUUAAGGCCGAGCCUAGAGACUCAGAGAACCAUUUCUCUCUUGUUGGCUGCACAUGCGCUCCGGGUUUCCAGUUUGAGGACUUCGAGCUCGCAAAACGGUCUGAUCUCGUGUCGCAGUUUCCUCAACACGAGUCACUUAUCACAAUGCUAUCUUACCCAGAGUGAAAGGUCCUAGAGAGAUGCCUUUUAAUGGCUCAGUGGUUUUACUAUGUUGUUUUGUUACUUUCAAUUCCUUUCAUAUAUAAGAACCAUACAAGGUUGUAGUUGUACUUUGAGUUCACCUUUGAUCUCUGUACCUUUGGUUUCUCUGAAUUGUGACUGAUAAAAAUAAUGGUCAGUAAAGAACAGGUUCAAGUUCCGCAAUAAUUUUAUUCCA